AUGAUAAAGAAGGAUUGGGUGGAGUUACCUCCACACAGUCAAAGUUAUAAGGACGGUGUAAAUUACUUUUUGGAUAUUGCAUUCACCAAAGGAAUGGUUGAAGAAGAAGAGAUUUUGUGUCCUUGUUCUAUAUGUUGCAAUGAUAGUUGGGAAGUAAGAGAUGUAGUGUAUGACCAUUUAUGUAGUAAAGGAUUUGUAAAGGGAUACACUGAAUGGAUUUAUCAUGGUGAAGAUGAGAGCCUUAUAGAUCUUGAUGGUGAUAGUGAUAAUGAAACAUCAUCUCAUGAUGAUAUCGAUGGCUUACUAUUUGAGACAUUUAAAGAUGUGGCUGAAGGAGGUGGAGUACAUGAAGGGAUAAAUGAAGAUGCAAAGAAAUUUUAUAAACUAGUUGAUGACGCAAAUCAAGAGUUGUAUCCUGGUUGUGAAAAGUUUUCCUCGUUAUCAUUCACUAUUCGAAUUUAUUUGUUGAAAUGUAUCCAUGGAUGGAGUAAUGCAUCAUUCACUGCUCUCGUAGAGUUGUUGAAAGAGGCUAUGCCAAAUUUGAACAUCCCUGUCUCUUUCAAUAAAACAAAAUCUAUGAUAAAAGAUUUGGGCUUAGACUAUAAAAAGAUUGACGCAUGUCCGAACAACUGCAUGUUGUUUUGGAAAGAUCAUGGGAAAGAUGAUUCAUGUCAUAUUUGUGGCACGUCAAGGUGGAUUGAAUAUCCUGAAGUUGCUAAUGAUCUUGAAGAAUCUAUAAAAGCUCAUAAGGUUCCCGCCAAAGUUCUAAGACAUUUUCCAUUGAUUCCAAGUAAGAAAAAGGAUCAUGCAAAAGCUCGUUUGGACCUACAACACAUGGGGAUUAGAAAAAAACACCAUUUGAAGGAAACAAGUGAUGUAAAACUUCCUGAUGGCCUUGCAUCCAAUAUUUCUCGAUGUGUUCAAGUUAAUGAAGGAAAAGUUUCUGGAUACAAGAGUCAUGAUGCUCAUAUUAUAUUGCAUUACUUGUUGCAAGUAGCAAUAAGAGGGAUAGGCCCUAAUCAAAUUGUUAUCCCUUUGCUUCGACUUUGUUCAUUUUUUCGGUGUUUAUGCCAGAAGGUUGUAGAUGUGAAAACAUUGGAUUACUUGGAAGUAGAAAUUGCUGAAACACUUUGCCAAUUCGAGCACACAAGGAUGAAUAGAAUGACACGAAAUAGCGAUGAUACUCCAAACAUAGGUCAUCCAAUCGGGGGAAAGAAACUAAUUUCCCUUGAUCAUAAGUCUCUAAACCAAGCUCACGGCUACAUUUUAUUCAAUUGCGAUGAAGUGCAAGAGUAUAUUAGAGAGCAUGAGGUUAAUGAUCAUAAUCCUCUAAAAAAAAGGAAGUCCAGAAAAGCUAACAAUCAAAGAGAAGAUUUUAUUCAAUGGUUUGAAACACGUCUCAUGGAUGAGAAAGUUACUGAAUGGUUUAAGGUGUUGUCUAGGGGACCAAAUGAUUUUGUUAGAAGGUAUUCUGGUUAUGUUAUUAAUGGAUACAGGUUUCAUACAACAAAUCGUGAAGCAAGGCUUAAAACACAAAAUAGUGUUGUGACUUUAGAAGCGGUGACUCAAGUUCUUAGAAAUGCGAAGGAUGAAAAUCCCAAAAAGAUUUUUGUGACUUACUAUGGGGCAAUAAAAGAUAUUAUAGAGUUAGAUUAUUAUGGUCAUGAAAAAUAUGUAUUGUUCAAAUGUGAUUGGUUUGUGGAUGAAAAGGAUAAAUAUGGAUCGCCGUUGGUUUACUUUAACAAAAAAUGCUACAAAAAUGAUCCAUUUGUGUUGGCAUCUCAAGUUCAACAAUGCUUCUUUAUUGAAGAUCCUUUAAACAAAAACAAACACUAUGUUCUAAAUGCACUUCCAAGGGAAUCAUUUGACAUGGGAGAAUCUUUAAGUACAGAUGCCCAAGAAUAUGAUAUUUCAACAAAUCUUAAUACGUUAAGGGAUGAUUGUGAAGUGGAUUUGGUUAGGAAAGAUUUUCCGGAUGAAAUCUUUGAAAUUCCUUUGUCAGAACUUCACAACCAAAAAGCAAUAGAGAGUGAUCACAGUGACACGAGUUAUGGAAGUGACGAUGAAACCGAUUAUGAUUCUAGUACUGAUUAG